AUGGAUGAGAUGAAUCAUCUUCUAAUUCUGAAUGCUUCCACUUAUCCAAAUGGUCAUUACAAAAUGUUUUUGGGUAAACCGCUUCCGAAUGAAUCCUCACUGAUACAAGAACACGUGGAAGCUGAAGACUCUUUCGUUUACAGCAUAAAAACCAUGAGAAAUAUCUGUAUCCCUCUUAUAGUCAUUGUCGGAGUUUUCGGAAAUUUUGUAUCGAUGUUGAUUUUUGCAUCAAACUCGCUGCGAAAAUCUUCGUCUUCAACAUUUCUAUUUGCUCUGGCCUGUGUGGAUAAUAUUUUCCUGGGAUGCUUAUUCCUCACUUGGUUUGACGGAGCCAUGAAAAAUGUUUUGUCUUCGGUAGGAAUUUGCCAAAUCAUUGCAUACCUAACGUAUAUAUCUAGCUUUCUCUCUGUCUGGUUCGUCGUGGGAUUUACACUUGAACGCUACGUAGCAAUUUGUCAUCCUUUGCAUGCUAAAUUAUUCUGUACCCAGGUCCGUGAGCGAAUAACUGUUCUCACACUUCUUGUGAUAUCAUUGCUUCUUUACAAUUUUUCGCUUUGGACUACAGACAUCAAAGUGUUUGCUUCGAAAGGAAUCGCUCGAUGUACAAUUGACACAAGAUAUGUAAAUUUUUUGAAUUUCUUCACAUGGCUAGAUACCUUUUUAACAAUGAUGAUUCCGUUCAUAUUGAUCUGUUACAUGAACAUUCGAGUAGCCUGGACGGCGGUAAAAUUUCAAGAGAAACGAAAAGCAUGCUUGUCCCCUAGGGAUGCCAAAAGUGUCAAGCUUAGGACAAUGCGUUCAAAGCAACAGAUGCGAGUGACCAGGACAUUGCUUCUUGUAUCCACAACUUUCCUAGUUCUCAACCUACCAAGUCAUGUAUUUAAACUUUCAAGUUUAAUAUCUGCAUCAUUGUUUAAUAUCAGCAUGACACAGCAUCUGAUACAGGAGAUUUCUCAAAUUCUCUACUACUUCAGUUUUAGUAUGAACUUUUUUCUUUACGCAUUUUAUGGAAAACAUUUCCAAAGAUCAUUAACAUUUAUGUACGAGUCACUUAAAUGGAAAAGUGGGUGUAGCGACAGAAUGGAAUACCUAGAACGAACUGUUACCUUGAGAAGUUGGGUAUGAAU